AUAAUUUAUACUUGAACAAACUUUUUUAAAAAAAAAAAUAAAUCCAAUAGACUAAUAUUAGCCUUCAAAAUAUGUAAACUUUUUACAACUUUGAUGAGUAAAUGUUUUUAAUGGUUAAAGUUAUGCAUUGUUUGAUGGGAUAACUAAGUACUCCGUAGUAAGUACUUGUUUGCACCACAUACUCAACUGUCCACUUGCAUAAUAAUCUAGUUUUUUUUUGUCUCAUGUCAUCAGCUUUAAAUCACGCAUGAUCAGGACAGAGUUAAAAUGAACUUGUAUGUACCACAAAUAAUUAAAAGAUAGCACUAAAGAUCCAAAACUAGUAUGGGAAACCUGAAGUAUGACAGAUUGACAGUAUUCACUAGUAGUCAUUAGGGAUUUGUCUUCCUGUUGUUCUUGUAAACAACAAACUUACUACACUAAAACCACCAAGAGUGAAGGGGAAGAAAGCAGCAGCAGUAGGGGUUGAACUGCAGGGGAAUGAUCAAUCUGAUCAUCUAUUGAGGGCAUAUAAGAUCGGGAAAGUGGUGGAGCUACGUCUAUCUCACCGAGUGGUUAUGGCGCCUAUGACUCGCUGUCGGGCAUUACAUGGUAUUCCUAAUGAAGCCAUGGUUCAGUAUUACUCACAGCGCGCUACCAAUGGUGGCCUUCUCAUUUCUGAAGGCACUUUCAUCUCUCCCACUGCUCAUGGUUAUCCUCACUGCCCAGGAAUUUACCUGGAGGAACAAGUGGAGGCCUGGAAGAGAGUUACUGAUGUUGUUCAUGCCAAAGGCGCCUAUAUGUUCUGUCAAUUGUGGCAUGUAGGCCGUGCCUCGCACCAUGUAUACCAACCAGACGGUGGACCGCCCAUAUCUUCAACAAACAAGACUAUACCAACCAGGUGGAAAAUUAUAUUGCCUGACGGAUCAUUUUCUGAUUAUUCAAGCCCUCGAGCUUUAACGACUUCAGAGAUCCCACAGAUCAUUGAACACUACCGUCAAGCAGCCAUAAAUUCUAUUCGAGCAGGAUUCGAUGGAGUUGAAAUUCAUGGAGCCUACGGAUACCUCAUUGACCAGUUCUUGAAGGAUGGGAUCAAUGACAGGACAGAUGAAUACGGAGGGUCCCUUGAGAAUCGAUGCAGAUUCCUGAUGCAGAUUCUCGAUGCUGUGAUCAAAGCCAUUGGAAUAGAAAGAAUCGGGGUGAAGAUAUCCCCUACAUUGUACCACCAAGAAGCCCACGAUUCUGAUCAGCUAGGCCUCGGCUUAGCAGUGGUAGAGAGACUUAACAAGCUGCAGGAAGAGCAGGGGCUUAAAUUCUGUUACCUGCAAAUUCAAGCAGGAACUUUUACACAUGGGAUUACAGAGAAAGAAGCCGAGCUGCUGAGAAAACUCAGGAGAGCAUACCAAGGAACCUUCAUGAUUAGUGGAGGAUUCAACAAAGAGCUGGGGAUGAAGGCCAUUGCUGAAGGUGAUGCUGAUCUGAUUGCUUAUGCCCGGCUGUUCCUCUCGAACCCUGAUUUGGUCCACAGGUUUGAGAUUAAUGCACCAUUAAAUGAGUAUGAUUCUGCUACAUUCUAUAGCCAUGAUCCUGUAGUGGGUUACACUGAUUACCCCUUCUUGGAUGAAAGCUCUCAUCCUUGAGAUUAAGAAAACUAGCUUUUAAAUAAGGUUUGAUUAGUAAGAACUAAGAAGUGUAACAGAUUAACCUUUUCUUGAGAAUACAAGUGAAUGUUUCCUUACAGAAUUCUCAGUUACAAGCCUAUAAGUUUAAAUGAAAAUGCUCUCGAUUUCCUGUUCUAACUCUAACAUAGAAUUUCAUCUCUUAUGUACCUCUCUCACCUAAAAUCUUAGACCUUAACUUUCGUUUUAGUGAAGUUAAAAAAGUUGCUAUUUUAUUUACUUCUUUAAAAUCACAACUUGCAUGCUUUUUACACACAGCAGUAGCUAAAAUGGUUGGAGAUCUGAGAUUCUGUCAAAGUUAUAAAAACAUCAUCAAGAAAAGAUAACAGGAAAUCUAAAAAUAUGACAAAAAGCCACCUUUCAAUUUUUAAAUAGUCACCCCAACAUUAUAUGAGAGGCUGUGAAAGGGUGAUUCCCUUUCCAAGUUUCCAUUGGAAACUUCAGUCCAUUUGGCUUUCUAAGCUCUAUACACAUUAACCAUAUUCAACUUGGAAGACUGAUUUUCGAACUUGCAACAGUCUAACAGAACUAGGACAACAUGGCAUACAUCCCUCAACAAUAUAACAAGUCCCUUUAAGACCAAAUACCAAUAUACCAAUAACAGUAGAAGAUAAUAGUUUUUUUUUUUUUUUUUUUUUUUUUUUUUUUUUUUUUUUUUUUUUUCUGAAAACAGAAGAUAAUAGUUUAGUCUCCUUAAAAUAUGAGCUUUUAAAUUCAACCAAAUAUUAUCAUAAUUGGCAUAAUAGUAGUAGUGGUAAAUAAUUUUUUCAUAAUUCACACCAACAUUGACUUAAUAUUUUGUUAUGAAAUCUUGAUCUGAAUAGUAGAUUAAAUCCCUAUACAUGACAAGCUAAUCAUAGAAUGUGAAUUAGUUAGCACUUGGCAUCACUAAUGACGUAGGAGGUAAUUAUCUAAUAUCACUAUGAAAGAGUGCUCACAAGUUACAAGUAUGAUUGGCACUUUGACAAUAGAAUAUAUUUUCUUAUUGUUCAAAGUCAAAGACUGAGCUUAAAGAAGAGUUUUAUCAUUAUUUCUUUCUUUAUAAGACUUAUGAUGUUACUAACCACCUGAAGAAGACAAAGAAGCUUGUUUUUAUGCUGUUUUAUAUGCUGUAUGAUAAUAGAUUAAUAGACGGCAGCCUCAUCAUUGACGAAAAGAUAGAUUAAAGA